AUGAUUGAGAAUAUUGUAUCUAGUUUGCUUGUACCAUACUUGCAACAAUAUGUUGAUAAUUUUGAUCGGAAGAAUUUAAAUAUUGCUGUAUUGAAAGGUGUUGCUUCUUUGAAUGAUAUUAAAUUGAAGGAGUAUGCUUUGGAUAAUAUUUCGGAUUCAAUACCUUUUUAUAUUUCUUUUAGUCACAUAUCCCUUCUUGAAUUUGAUGUUCCCUAUACAAGUUUAAAUGCUAAAUCUGUUGUUUGUAGAUUGAAGGAUGUAUAUAUUGUUCUUCGUCCGAAGAUGAGAAGACCAUUUGUUGAAGAAGAGGAAAAACAAAGGCAACGAGAUUUAAAAAAACACGUAUUGGAUCAAUUUGAAAAACAAGAAGCUGCCAAAGCAGAAAAGGCAGCAGCUAGUACAGGUGAUGAAAAAACAGAAGAAGGAUUUUUCGACAAGUUGAUAGAAACAGUUUUAAAUAAUUUAAAGAUUAAAAUUGAGAAUAUUCAUAUCCGAUAUCAAGAUGAUAAUAACUGUGUUGGUGGAUUUUAUUUAGAGAGUAUGGAAGUAAAUUCUACAAAUGAAAACUUUGAAACUAAAUUUCAGAAAAAUUUAGGAGAAUUAACUUAUAAAUUAUUGACCAUGUCCAAGCUGGCGAUAUAUUUGAAUCCUUGGACAGAGAAAGAAGAUUUUGUAAAUACAUGUAUAGAAAAGAAAGUUUGCGAUAGAGACAUAAUACAGAGCAUUAUCAAAGCCAAUGACAGAGUGUACUUGUUGGAACCAGUAGACGGAUUUUUGAAGCUUACUAUGCAAAAGCUCUCCGCUUCAGGGAUAGAUUUUACAAGACCAGUUUUUAAUUUUGAUUUUCACUUUGUGCAUGAUAUUCAGAUGUGUUUGAGUCAGAAUCAGUAUAAUUCCAUUUUUAAAAUUGUGGAAUAUAUUACAAAUUAUUCAAUCCAAAGCCAAUACCGACAUUUUAGACCUGAGAAAUUUGACCCCAUUUCUUAUUGGAAGUAUGCCCUCAAAUGUGUUAAUUUUCAGAGACAAAUGGACAAGAAAAAGCAACAUUAUGAAAAUAUUUUGAGCUUACAUUGUAAAGAAUACGUCAAGCUUUACAAAACUCAUGUAAAAGUUCCGUGGGUAACCAAGCAAAAGCUCAGCCCAGAUGAAGAGAAGAGAUUAGCUGAGCUGGAAGAUCAAAGAACACUGCAGGAAGUUCUGUUCUUCAGAAAGUGUGCACAUAAGGAAAUUAAUCAGGAAGCAAAGAAUUUCGAAGAGCAUAAAAAGAAAUCAAGCUGGUUCUCGAAAGAUAAACUACAAGCAAAGGCUAUUGAGCUUUCUGAUAAGGUGAAAGAAGAACUGUACAAAUCUAUAGGUUAUGAAGAGAAACCCGUUGAAAUACCUGAUGACUAUGUAAAGGUUAGAGUCCACGUAGAUUUGGCCAAGGUAGCAUUUAGGGUCUAUCACGAAAGAAAUGAUUUACUAGAACUUGAAGUAGAUAGAUUCGUAUCAGAUAUUCAAAUUUUACCUCACAAAGCAUUCAAAGUUUGUUCUUCUAUGGGUAAUUUAACAUUAUUCGAUAGAUUCAAGCAAACUCUUUAUCCUGAAAUUAUUACAAAAUCUAAAAGGUACAAUGAAACUUCCUCUAACCUUCUUUCUUUGUACAUUGAGAAGCGAUCUACUUUGGAGAAAAAGAAUGAAGAGAGUGAUAUUUAUUUGACGGUAGCUCUUAAUCAAAUCGAUAUUGUAGUUAACUUUGAAUUUUUCCAAAGAAUACUUUCAUUCUUAUACUUUGACAAUGUCAAUAUCAAACGCUUAGAAAAAGAAGCCAAGAGGCAUAUCAAGAAAGUAUCUAAAUUGGCCAAAAAGGAGAUUAAGGAAGUUCUUAUGCAAGAUGACACCACUGUGGAUCUAACCUUCGAUAUCAAGGCUCCACAAAUCAUCAUUCCUUGGAAUCCAACAGAUCCUGACAGUAGAUUCCUUUUACUUGAUUUUGGAUUGCUCAAACUGCGUAAAGAUACUAGCAUAGCUUCCAGAGAAAAGUUCGAUAUCAAUCUGGAAAAUAUGGAAAUUGUUGUUCCUAAAGAUAUUAAUGCUAUUGGAUAUCUGACAGACCAACAACAAAUUACUACAUAUGAUGUUAUUUUAGAAAAGACCUCACUGGCAGCAAGUGCUAUUAAACACAAAGAAGAAACCGUGGAAGAAAAAGUUCAACUCUUGCUUGAUAUUCCAAAGAUUAACUUUAUUCUUUCCAAAGAGAGUAUGCUUGCUGUUUCAAAGUUGACACAAUUAGUAGCAGAAUUCAAACAAAACCCAACUGGUACAAAGGAGAAAAUUAACGACUUGAAAAUUAUGGGAACUCUACAAGUCAAUCAUGAAGAUAAUGAAUUUGUGCCUUACUUCGUAGAAGUGAGCAGUACUAAGAAGAUAUUUAUUUAUACAGAAGAUACAAGACUUCUUCAUGUUAUUAUACAUUUGAACAAGCAUACCAAAGUACACAAAUCAGACACUAUAGAAAAUACAUUUAUAUUGGAACUUCCACAAAAGAAGGGUUAUCAAACGAAAUUUAUUCAAUUCAAAUGUUCAUCUCUGGAUGAAACAGAAAAUUGGAUCACAACCCUAAGAAUGUUUAUUUACUCAUUCGAUACAAGCUUCUUUAUUGAUGAUAUUACUGAUAUUUUGAAAGAAGCAAGCUUUUCUGACGAUGAAGAUGAUGAGGAGGAAGAAAAACAAGGUGUACUCAUAGCCAUAAGAUUCAAGUUGAAUUCAUUCAUACUGACUCUUUCUCAUCAAAGUUUCAACUUGGCUUCUAUUCACUUUUCCCAUCUGAACGCUUAUUUCCGACAGUACCACAAUCUGGAUACCAACAUUCAAUUAUUCCUUCACUCUAUGAACGUAAAAUCAGAAAUUUUGCAAGAUAGAGAAUUUUACAUUAUCAAAUCAAUAGAAGAUGAAAACAAUCCAGAAGAACACUUGGUCAAUGUUUCAUUCACCAGAUCUACAGAUCCUACCUCUUUAAUUUAUGAUCCUUCUUCUCAAAUGUUACUCAAAAUCGAGUUCAAGAGCUUACAAUGUUUUGUUGAGCCCUCCAUUCUCUCUACUUUUAUUGACUACGGUUACGACUUGCAAGAUAUUAUCGAUCAAAUAUCAGCCUUUAACAAGAUUAAUUAUUAUUCUUAUGUUCCUGAUGAGGAUGAAGUAGAUGCUGGUCAACAGUUUAGUGAAAUAGCCAAAAUGCUAUUGGAUGGUAAUCAAGAAAGUUGCAAACUUCUUACAACAUCAAUUACAGCUGGAGAGUCCAAUGUAUUUAUCCUAAGCAAUGGUAUAACCAUAGCCCAAUUAUUAAUCAAUGCUGGUACCACUAUAUCAUGCCUAAUUGAUUUAGAUAGCGUUGCGAUUUCUGGAAGUUUAAGAAAUAUCCAACUGUUGGAUCUUAGUGAACCUACAUCUCUUUACAAGGAAAUUCUUGGCCUCUAUGAUCAGACCAAAGGUUCUGUGGUCACUCUGAAUUACAAAUAUGUUUUCUCCAGUGCAUCUGCCUCUGAACUUUUCGCUGAGAAAGAAGGUGAUAGAGAUUUGAUACAAAGAGGAGCAAUCAAUUAUCGACAAUUUUUAUCUAUGGAUACCAGUGCCAUUAAAUAUGUGCACAUUCAAAGAUUCUACCACAAAGCACAGAACUACAUAUCAGGCCCUCUGUUAAAUGCUUUGAAAAGAGAAAGUACUAGAAACAAGUUAGCUGAAGUUGGCCUAAAGGGAAAGGAUAUAAUUAGUAAGAGAAUCAUUAACAACCAAAUUAAGCUAAAUAUCAAAAUAACAAGUCCUGUGGUGAUUUUCCCAUCCAACUUUCAAUCUAAAGACCACUUCCUUGCUCAUUUGGGAAAUUUGGUUGUAGAAAACUUUUUAGAAGGAAAUUCAGAUACUCCCAUCGAUCAUGUUAGUGUAUUGUUGAACGAUAUCAUGCUAGAAUUUAUUUCAGAUGCAUCGAACGAUCACGAAAAAAUUGUUUCUGAUAUUUUCAUCAAAGUUGAUGUCAAAAAACCAAUUAUUACUCCUUUCACCAAAACAAAAGACAAUAAUGAGUUUGAUAUAACCAAGGAAGUGGUAUUUGUUGAUUUUUCAGAAAUUAACUUUAAUCUUACACACAGACAGUAUCAAAUCAUUUUUGACUUCAUUAAUGGUAAUAUCAGAGAUGGUAUGAGAGAUGUUAAUGAGGAGAGAAAAUUCUACAAAUCUAUUGGAACAUUGGUUACUAGAAGAAAAAAGAAAGAUCUCCUUUUGAAGAGGGUUUCUUCAGAAAAGACAAUUGAAAAAUUUUCUUCUAAUAUUAUUAUAACAGAUGUUUAUGUUACGGCUCCAAAUAUUUCACUUUUAAUUUUAAAGAGUAAUGGUUCAAACUUUGCUAAACUAUCUGUAUCAAACUUUCAACUUAAUAACAAGAUUGAUAUCAAUGAUUGUAUCCACAUGAAUAUGACUUUGGGAUCUAUCAUUGCAUCUGAUAUGAGACAAGAUACAACCAACGUAUUUAGUAAUUUUAUUGAAUUCUCGGAUCCAAAUGGUUGUUUUUCUAUGAUUUAUGAGAAUGACAAAACAAACUUGGUAGAAACUGUAAACCUAAAGCUCAGCAACCCUAAACUAGUAAUUAUUCCAGAGUUAUUACUAGAUUUUAGACACUUCUUCUCGGAUACCAAAUAUUUCCAAAAUGACAGAUUAGCUGAACUACUGAUGGUUGGAACAAAUAUUGACGAUAUUUCCCAAUAUGAAGUUGUUUUGGAAGAAAAUAAUAAGUUACUUAAACCAUCCUCUUCAUCACUGCUUUUGAAGGGUGACUUUGGAACGCCACAACUAGUAAUACCUGAAGCUUCAAGCGAUGUCAACAGUAGACUUCUUGUUCUUAAAUUCAGCAGUUCUAUUGACUUUAAAUCCACUGAAGGAGGUCUCUCUGAGAAGGGCAUUUUCAAAAUAUCAGGAUUGAGUAUUUUGGUUGAGCAUGGAAAUAGAACCCUUCCUCUUGUAGAUAGUACUGAUGUAGAUAUAGACAUUAUGAGAAUUUCCAGUCAAGAAGAUAAGGAAGAACGAAUAAUCAAAGUUUUAUUAUUGAGGGGUGGUAAUACCAGACUUUCCUACUUUGAUGUUAAAAUGUUUUAUAAUAUUGCACAACAAUUCAAGAGACAAAUGGAAAAACCAUCCAUUUUAGUUGAAGAAGACAUUACCCAAAUAAUUGAGCAGUGUGCUCUUGCAGAAGCAAAACCUAAAUCUAUAAUUGCAAAAGACUUUAAGGAAAUGAUCAGUGAUGAGCUUCUUCCAAAGAUGCUCGUUAACAAGAUUAUUGUAGAUUUAAAGUCUAUUAGUAUAUUGGUUGUGGAUGACCUGAGUGGUUUUGACAUUCCAAUUGUGAAACUGCAGUUGGGAGGAUUUAAGUUAAACUCACUUAUCAAGUCUUUGGGACCACAGGAUAAUCAUAUUUCUGCCUAUUUAGAAUUCCUUGCCUAUGGUGAUUGUUACAAUUUUAAGAAUGCAGAAUGGGAACCAAUAAUUGAAAAGAACAAAAUUCCAAUCCAUUGCGUAUAUCAAAACCAAAAGGAAUCACCAAACCACAUCGUUCAAAUUGAAUGUGAAGAUGUUAUCAACCUAAAUAUAACAUAUUCUGCUUUGGAAACUGUGGUGAGCACUGCCAAAGCAUGGAUCAAAGAGCUUGAACAAGACACUGUAAAACAGAAGGAGUUGGCAGUUACCUUUGAACCAUUUAAUAUAAUCAACAAAUCUGGCUUGAAAGCCUCUUUCAAGAUUACCAACGAAGUUACUGCUCUUGAGCAAGAUCAGGAAAUCCAUUUCUCUUUCCCUCCUUCCUAUUCUGAUAGAAACCAAUAUUUAGAUCUUAAUAUUGAAGGAACAAUCAUAAAGGUUCUUGCUAACAAAGAUGGAAUCCACGGAUAUUCAAUACUGGUAUCUAACAAAGAAUUUGGACAAUUGGAACAUCAUGUAUUUAUUGAAAUCAAAGACAAGAACAAGAGAAAAACUAUUAUUGUACACAGUGGAUGUAAGAUUAGAAACAAGACUGAUAGAGUUUGGCAAUUAGGUUGUUUCAUUGGUGAACAAGUCGUUUCUCUUGGGGUCCUCUCUCCAUUUAAAUCCAUUUAUUUACCAACUAAUUUGGUUGUUGAAAAUGCUACUCUCACUCUAAGACCUUGCAAGGAUCUCAACAGUGAACAUAGUGAGUACAAGUGGUCAAGAAAUGAUCCUCUUCUUUAUUCCAUUUCUACACUUCGUAAAUCCCAUGCAAAGACCAUUAUUACUCAGAACAAACACGCAACAAAUAAGAAAGACCACUUUUAUUGCAUUUUGAACUCUAAAUCCAGUCAUAAUAAGAUGACUAAGAUUAAUAUUAUACCACCACUUGCAAUUCAAAAUGUACUUCAAGAAGAUUUGCAGUUUGCACUCUUUGGUUCUUCCACUAAGGAUGAAAAUAUCAAAAUUGCUAAAUAUAAUGGAUUCAUUAAGAAAGGUGAUACACAUUUUGUUUACAAGAUUGAUAUGCAAAAACCUAAACUAUGGAUUCAAACCAUUAUUCAAGGAUGGCAAACCAAGGAUAUUAAUUUAAUUUAUUCAAACUCCAGUACAGAACAAGAAGACAUAUCUCUCAAUUUUUCCAAUUUUUACACUACAGGAAGAAUUUUGAAUCUCAAAUAUGAUGUUACAAGUACUUCCAAUACCUAUUUGAAAAUUGUUGUACACUGUCCUUAUUUGAUCAUGAAUUACACUGACUUUUCAAUAGAGGUUGAGGAUUCAUCAAAAGAAAAUUGUUUACUUGGUUGUAAAACAACCGUAAAUAAUAAGGAAUCUCUAAUGUUUAAUUAUACAGAUGAAAAAUCUCUAAUAUUUAGCAAGAAGGUUGUCCUUAAAACAAGUGAUGGAUUUUCAUCACCACCAUUUUCUAUCGAUUCUGUUGGUGCAUCCUCUGAGGUGGUGUUACAGCAUGCUUCUGAUAAAAGCAAAGUACCACUCAAAUUGGGAACAUUUGUAACGUUGGCUAAUGAAAAGUACGAGAGAACAAAGGUAGUAAUCAUUACACCAAGAUAUUUACUUGUGAAUGGACUGUAUUCAAAAGACAACAAAUCAUUGGAAAUUGAAGCUAAACAAUUUGGGGAUGAGACUCACAUUUAUUCAAUUCAACAAACAAAACCAUGCCACUUCUAUUGGACAAUGAAUGCUGAAGAGAUGGAAACUAUCAAAGUUGACAAUCCACUUUUAAUGCACUUCUACAGAAAGAAGACUCCUAUGAUAUGUGUUCGAUUAAAGACAGGAGAUGUAUUAUCAGAGUGGUCAACACCAUUUACUAUUGAUACACUUGGUGAAAUUCCAUUAAUAGUUAAUGGUAACUUUAUAACUGCAAAAAUUACUGAAACAAAUGGCUGUGUUCAUGUACAUUUCACAAGGGCAGCUUUACCCCCUUACUUUAUAGUGAACAAGACAACACACUCUAUAUCUGUAUCACAAGUUUACACUGGCGAGUACAUUUCAAUUAGUCCUAACCAAACUAUUCCUUAUACUGCACCAGAUAUCAAAUCCAAACAUUCUAUUCAUGUUACCCUUGCUGAUAAGUACAAGCUAGGUGCCAUUGAUAUCGACAAGGUAAAGAAGAGUAAGAUAAUUACGAUCAGCCAACUUAAAAAGAAGGUAUUAAUUCGCUUGACUACCUACAGAGGUUACACAAGAGUUAUCAGUAUUUUAGAGAAAUUUUCAGAACAAGAAGUUCUUCCAGAAAUAGAAAAUGAAGAAGAAGAGUCCCAAACUGAUUUGAUUCAAUCCUUUGUUUUUUUGAAAGGAAUUGGAAUAUCUAUCAUUAACCAUCUCCAGAAAGAACUUCUUUACAUGCUAGCCGAAAGUUUAUCAUUUAACUUUAAUGUGACCGAUAAGAACAAACAGUUUUUGGAAUUCAAGAUGAAUAGACUUAGUAUUGAUAAUCAAAUGGAAAAUUGCACAUUCCCAAUACUUUUAACAAAUGCCAACAAACUUGGAUUAAGAGAUUUCCUUCACUUUAGUAUGAUUAUAGAUACCAAAGAAAAAGAUUUUGAUUACAUUCCAUAUCUUUCAUUAUUGAUGCAAGAGGCUAAGCUUUCUGUUGACUUUAGAUUUGCCCAUGAAGUAUUUGAAAUGGUUAAAUCCCUGAAAGGAAAGAAGGUUAAUAAUGAAAAACAAAUCGUCGAUUUAAGCUUUGUCUUCAAUGAAAUUUCUACAGAAUCAGAUUCUGAUCUUUCAAUUUUGCUGAGAACAUUAGGAGCAAGAUUGAGUAUGAAUGUCGACGAAGCUCCAAUCAGACUAAAUGCUUUAAUUCUAAACCAUCCUCCUCUAACUUCUAGAUUCCAACUCAUGGAAAAUGUGAAAUCUCAUUACACAAGAUAUGCUAUUCAGGAAAUGUUUGCAAUACUCGGCAGCUUUGAUAUUUUAGGCAAUCCUAUUGGUCUAUUCAACGAUAUAGAUAAGGGUGUCUACGAUCUUUUCUAUGAACCUAUGGAAGGAAUUACUAAAUCUCCAAAAGAUUUUACACUAGGACUGGCCAAGGGAACUACUUCUUUCUUCAAGCAUUCAAUUCAUGGCACUUUUAAUACAGCAUCAAAGGUAACCGAAUCAAUUAGUAAUGGUAUUAGUCUUUUGACUAUGGAUGAAGACUAUCAAGUUAAGAGAAAGGAGGCCAAUCAUUUGAGCAAGAGACCUAAACACAUUGGUGAAGGAAUUCUAUCAGGUGCACAAUCACUUUCUCUCGGUUUAUUUGAAGCAGGUACUGGUAUUUUUACUAAACCAAUCGAAGGUGCAAGCAAGGAAGGUGUUUCAGGUUUUUUCAAAGGCAUUGGAAAAGGAAUAAUUGGAAUUCCAGUUAAGCCUGUAACUGGUGUUUUAGAUUUCGUCUACAAAACAAGUGAAGGUCUCAAAAACACAACCCAAUAUUUCGAUAGAGAUGCCAAUGUUACCAGAAAGAGAUUCCCAAGAUAUGUUGGUGCAGAUAAGAAAUUAAACCCGUACGACCAGAAUCUUGCUUUCGGAAAUUAUGUGUACAAUUUGAUUAGAAAAGAUCCAUCAUUUGGAGAAACCACCUAUGUGAAACAUUUCUUCACAAACACUCCUGCAAUCAUUCUCGUUGGUGAUAAACACUUAUUUAAAGUUGAAUGUACUGAAGGCGAUAAGGUUUAUUCUGUUGGAAAUCCACCUCCAACAGAAGUAAUUAUGGAAAAUAUUAAGAUUGUUUGGUCCUAUGACAGUAAGAGUAUUUUCCAAGUCAAACCUGGAGAGAAGGAAAGUGUAGUAAUAAGGGUUGUCAGUUCAGGAUCUUGGUUCAGUUUCGGUAAUCAAUAUGAGGAUAUUGUGUUGAAUGUUGACAGUACUCACGAAUUGAUAUCAGUGCUACACAAAAUGAACAAAUAAAAGCUAUUAUACUUUAAU